GUAGGGAAGAGUGGUGAUGUGCCAGCUCUGGGUUUGUUACAGAGAUUUUGAAUUUGAUGCAGAAGAUUGAACAGUCAGUGUGCCUUCAUGGGCUCUAAAUGUGGCAAGACUAAAGUUACAUCUGUCUCAGCUGAACUACAUGUUUACUGGAAGAUGUUUUUGCUGAAGGAGAACACAAAAAGGAGAAAAGGAACUAAUUCACAUUUUAUUACAAUCUGAGCAAAGAUAAGUUAGAUACUGAACGAUAAAAAAAGAUGUCCUCUCCAGGUGUCAAACCAAGGGAGCAUGUGGAUGUGGCGUACAUCUCCAUUGAGAUAGCCAUUUCUGUGGCCUCGGUCCUAGGGAAUGUAUUAAUUGUGCUUGCGGUGUAUGUGAACCAGGCUCUCCGUGACACCACCUUUAGCUUUAUUGCAUCUCUGGCUGUGGCUGACAUCGCUGUUGGAAGUUUGGUUAUCCCUCUGGCCAUUGUCAUCAGUCUGGGAUUCAGGACGCAGUUCUACACCUGCCUCAUCCUCUCCAGCCUGGUGCUGAUCAUAACUCAGAGCUCCAUUCUGUCCCUCCUGGCCAUAGCUGUCGACCGAUAUCUGCGCAUAAAGAUUCCCACAAGGUACGGCGACAUAGUGACCCAGGGGAGGGCAUACAUGGCAGUUUGUAUGUGUUGGAUCCUCGCCAUCCUCAGUGGAUUGGUUCCAUUGGUUGGCUGGAACAACCUGCACCACGGGAACUUCAGUAACUCCAAAGAAAUAGUUUGUGAGUUUAAAACUGUUGUUCGGAUGGACUACAUGGUGUACUUUAAUUUCUUCGUCUGUGUGGUGGUGCCACUGGUCUUGAUGAUCAUUCUGUAUGGGGAGAUCUUCAGAGUGAUCCGGCAGCAGCUCAACCGCCGUGCUGAGGCCACUAGUGACGGAGAAAAGUACUACCGAAAGGAGCUGAGGCUGGCCAAGUCACUGGUGUUGGUGGUUGUUCUUUUCAUAAUGUGCUGGAUGCCAAUACAUAUCAUAAAUUGCAUCGACUUCUUUUGCUCAGACUAUGACAUACCCAAGUUUGCUGUGUAUAUAGGAAUUUUUAUGUCUCAUGUAAACUCAGCACUCAACCCGAUGGUUUAUGCCUUCAGAAUGAAACGGUUCCGUCUUACUCUGAUCCAAAUAAUUCGCCGCAGCAUAUUAUGUAGCCCAAUGGUGCCCACCCGAUGCCCUACUAGCGCAAUAGAAGGGAGUGAAAAUAUGGGUGUGAACCUGUAUUAAAGAACUUUAUUUGGUAACAUUUUGU